AUGUUCGUCGUAGGCACAGCAGGACACGUCGAUCACGGCAAGUCAACUCUCGUCGAGGCCCUCACCGGCAUAGACCCGGACCGGCUCGCCGAGGAGAAGGAGCGGGGUCUGACGAUAGACCUCGGCUUCGCCUGGCUUCAAUUGCCCUCGGGCAACGAGGUCAGCAUCGUCGAUGUCCCCGGACACGAGCGCUUCGUGAACAACAUGCUCGCGGGGAUAGGCGGUAUAGACAUCGCCCUGCUGGUCGUGGCCGCAGACGAGUCGGUAAUGCCGCAGACGCGCGAGCACCUCGCGAUUCUGGACCUGCUUCAGAUACCACGCGGACUGGUUGCCCUCACCAAGAAGGACCUCGUUGAUGACGAGUGGAUAGAGCUCGUGAUGGCCGACGUAGAAGGGACUCUCGAAGGCACGGCCCUGGAGGGCGCACAGAUCAUGCCGGUGUCGGCCCACACCGGAGAGGGACUGCCGGAGUUGAUAGCCGCCAUCUCGUCCAUGACCGAGGAUAUUCCCGCGAAACGCGACCUCGCCCGGCCCAAGCUACCCAUAGAUCGAGCUUUCACGCUGACUGGCUUUGGGACCGUCGUCACGGGCACCCUGAUCGACGGCCAUCUCCAGACCGGUCAGGACGUCGAGCUGACCGUCGCGGGACAGCGCACCCGCGAUGAAGUGUGGCGUGGAGAGAUACUUACCAACCCGGGUUGGCUCAGGCCAACGACCGCGUUCGACGUUCACCUGCGCGUCCUGGAAGACGCGCCAAAUCAGCUGCGUCACAACAUGUACGUGACUGUCCACACAGGCUCCAGCGAGUCCGUCGCGCGCCUGCGUCUUUUCGAGGACGACCGCGCCCAACCCGGCGAUACGACAUGGGCGCAGCUGAAAGUUGACUCGCCCAUUGCCGUCGCCAAGGGCGACUACUUUGUCAUCCGAUCCAACAUGACUACACUGGGCGGCGGUAACAUCGUGGACACCCACGCGCCGCGGCCCAGGCGUCGCCACGUUCCAACCAUCGAGCGGCUGGAGAUCAUGGAACGGGGCUCGGACAAAGACGUGCUGCUGAAGACCAUCGAAGGCAUCGAGCCUGCCGAGUUUCGAGCCGUGGUCAACCGUGCCAACCUCAACGAAGACACCGCCCGUACGGAGUUGCAGGCGAUGAUCGCCAACAAUCAGGUGGUCAUCCUCGGUAGCGGCACGAUCACGCAGGCCACCAGUUUCACGUUCGCGCUGCGCCUGUCAGGCGCCAAAAGAGAGCUGCGUGUCGUAAGGCUGACGCUGACUGACUCCACAGUUGACGGCAUAACCAGGCAUCUUGCCGAGAACGGCGAGAUAACCGUGGCCGACGUGCGCGACCUUUUAGGUACAAGCCGCAAGUACGCGCUCGCGCUGAUGGACCACCUCGACCACGUGAGGGUCACACGGCGCGUCGGCGACGUCCGCGUGCUCAGGUAA